GGCUUCCUGGAGAAGGAGUCGGAGCUCAAGAUGUAUGUGGAUGGCCUCACGAAGGCCAUCGCGGCCAUCGAGCGGGGCGCGAGCGGCGGCGCGCUGCUGCAGAGCGAGGCGGGCAUGGCCCUGCUCCGCAAGGCUGUCGCGGAGAGUUCGGCCACGGAGUUCGACCGCGGCGUCGUGAUGGGAUUCUUGCAGGGCUCCGGAGAGUACGUCCCGAAGAGCGGCGAGGUCACAGGGAUCCUGAAGCAGAUGAAAGACGAUUUCGCAGCCAACCUGAAGGAGGUGCAGGACGCCGAGGCGAAGUCCGUGGCGGUCUUCGAGGAACUCCAGGCCGCGAAGACGAAGCAGAUCAACAUCCUAACCGCCGCCAUCGAGAAGAAGACCGAGCGCAUCGGGACGCUCCAGGUGGAGAUCGUGAGCAUGAAGCAGGAGUUGGAGGCGACGCAGGGCUCCCUGGCGGAGGACGACCUCGAGUUUGCCGCCAACAUCAAGAAGGACUGCGAGAGCAAGUCCUCGGAGUGGGAGGAGAGCGCAAGAAGCUGCGGGCGGAGGAGCUCGUGGCCAUCCACGAGACCAUCAAGAUCUUGUCGGACGAUGACGCCCUGGAGCUGUUCAAGAAGACCCUGCCAUCGCCGAGCUUCGUGCAGAUGGAGGACGCAAGCGGCAUGGCGCUGCGGAAGCGUGCCCUCGCGCUGGUGGAGAGGUCGCGGGCUGGCAAGGCCCCGACCGAGAGGGCGCAGCUGGAUUUCCUGACCAUGGCUCUGCAGGGUCGGGACUUCAGCUUCGCGAAGAUCAUCUCGAUGAUCGACAACAUGGUGAAGCUCCUCGCCGACGAGCAAGCCGAGGACGAGAGCAAGAAGGAGUACUGCUCGAAGUCCAUCGACGACGUGGAGGACGACAAGGGCAAGGAGCUCGUAAAGAGGAUCGGGGACUACCAGGUGUCCCUCGACGACGCCGCCGAGACCAUGGAGGCCCUCAUCAAGGACGUCGACGAGCUCACCAAGGACUUCGGGCAUCGCGGAGCUUGA